AUGGCUGAGACUGCAGACGUAGACCACAGACCCAAUGGAGCGCCCCAGCCAGGGGACCGGUUUGCGCAUGACGGAAACGACCGCGCCGCCGAGCACUUCCGGGUCGGGGAGCGGGAACAGGCGCUGCCCUGCGUGGCUGAGGUGCCCGCGGUGCACGUGGAGGUGCUGCAGCGCGGCGGCAGCACUGCAAAAAAAGAAGAUAUAAAAUUGAAUGUUCGAAAGUUGCUCAACAGGCAUAAUAUUGUAUUUGGUGAUUACUCAUGGACGGAGUUUGAUGAGCCUUUUCUGACCAGAAAUAUACAGUCUGUGUCUGUUGUUGACACAGACCUAAAGAUUAAAGAUCCUCAGCCCAUUGAUUUGAGUGCCUGCACUGUUGCUCUGCAUGUCUUCCAGCUGAAUGAAGAUGGCCCCAGCUGUGAGAAUCUGGAGGAGGAGACAGAAAACAUAAUAGCAGCAAAUCACUGGGUUCUGCCUGCAGUUGAAUUCCAUGGGCUUUGGGAAAGUCUAGUGUAUGACGUGGAAGUCAAAUCACAUCUCCUUGACUACGUGAUGACGACCCUGCUGUUCUCAGACAAGAAUGUGGACAGCAACCUCAUCACCUGGAACCGCGUGGUGCUGCUGCAUGGUCCACCAGGAACUGGGAAGACAUCCCUGUGUAAGGCCUUAGCCCAGAAACUGACCAUCAGACUGUCCAGCAGGUACCGGUAUGGCCAGUUAAUUGAAAUAAACAGCCACAGCCUCUUUUCCAAGUGGUUUUCAGAAAGUGGCAAGCUGGUAACUAGGAUGUUCCAGAAGAUUCAAGACUUCAUUGAUGACAAAGAAGCACUGGUGUUUGUGUUGAUUGACGAGGUGGAAAGUCUUACAGCUGCUCGCAAUGCUUGCCGAACAGGUGCAGAGCCGUCAGAUGCCAUCCGUGUGGUCAAUGCUGUCUUGACCCAAAUUGACCAGAUAAAAAGGCAUUCCAACGUGGUGAUCCUGACUACCUCCAACAUCACGGAGAAGAUUGACGUGGCCUUUGUGGACAGAGCUGACAUCAAGCAGUAUAUCGGGCCGCCCUCGGCAACAGCCAUCUUCAGAAUCUAUCUCUCGUGUGUGGAGGAAUUGAUGAAGUGCCAGAUUAUCUACCCUCGGCAGCAGCUGCUCACACUGCGCGAGCUGGAGAUGAUCGGCUUCAUUGAGAACAACGUAUCCAGGCUGAGCCUCCUCCUGAAUGAAAUCUCAAGGAAGAGUGAGGGCCUCAGUGGCCGGGUCCUGAGGAAGCUACCAUUCCUGGCUCACGCACUGUUCAUCCAGGCCCCCACUGUCACCAUUGAGGACUUUCUCCAGGCCCUGUCCCUGGCAGUGGACAAGCAGUUCGAGGAGAGGAAGAAGCUGUCGGCUUACGACUGAUCCUGGCUCUACAUCUGUAGUUUCUAUGGCAGACUUGCAGGUGGCACCAGUGGCCCCAGCUCCAUGCUGUAGAAGCCCUCAGUAGGACCGUUUAGAUCUGCAAGCCAUGGGCAAAGUGGGAGCUCCCAAGAGGGCUGUGUUUACAUUAUCUAGGUGCAUCCUGAAAGGUAAACAGCUGGUCAUCCUCAUUUUAAAAAGGUAGUUCAUAUCCUUUGGUUUCUCUGUAAAGAACCAUCUACGUGUUCAUCCCAUCCUUUUCCAGCCAGUCACACACUAAGUUUGCUUAAAAUAAAGGGAAAUUGAUGUGGUUGUCACAGAUACAAGAAAAACAUGAUUCCCCUAAAUAAGCGUGUGAUCACAGCACCAAAAGGUGGACUUGCCUCUCAGCUGGAGGCAGCAAGUAAGAAAAACCAUGUCCCAGAAAUUGAAUAAGAAAGUCAACUUCCUGUCUGUAAUCAGGCCGGAAUGGUGCAGUACGUGAGGUGAGCAUCUGGGCUCAGGUGCUGCUGUGCAUCUGCCUGUGGCUUUAUUGUCAACAGUAUCAUUCAUGUCCUGAGUGCAGAUUCGUAGAGGCAGAUAUAAGUGGGGUUAAUGGGUACAUUUCACAGAAUAUUAUGUUUUGCUUUUACCUCAUGCAAAAACAAAAAAUUAUUGCUUUGUACAUGAAGUCCACUUUUUAA